UGCUCAGAUAUUUGAAUUAUGCCCGAGCAGUCAAAGUGAGACAUUGGCGCUUCGAGCACGUAUUCGCGGAUACAUUCAUCGAAACAGAAACUAAAACUGAAACAGAAACAGAACCAAAAGCCGAUUCCGAAAACGUUUGACCGUGGCUAAACAAUCCGUCAAUACGUCCGCGAAUCGUGCGCCUCUCGACGGCUCUCAAAUAAAUACAAUAACAAAGACGGGCAUCCGUUGGAUACAGCUACAGCCACAGCUAUAGAUACAGUUACAGAUACAGAUACAUUGAAAGACGCGCUGACUUUGAGCGAUAAUAACGAAAGAUGGAUGGGCAUCCAAGUGCUUGCAGUGCCAGUGUUUCCAUCGAUGACGUUUAAAAUACAUUCGCGCUGAUGGAUACCAUAAAUUCGGUGUGAAACUCGCUUUCCAUAGAAUGCGAAUCGGCGCAUCUACGCCGCAGCCCAACUAGAACUGUGACAAAUCAAGUGCCUGCCCGCUGCGGCUAAUUACGGUUUAAGAAUCCGCCGAACAUCAAGUGCAACACAAACUCAAAAAAGUGCAGGUAUAACUACGCCGUGUCAAAUGUCGGAUUAAACUCUAAAUAUGCGGGCCAAAUCGACUAACGAUAAUUAGCUAAAGGUCGAAAGUGAUUCAACGCGGAACUUAAUUUCCGCACUUAACUUAAUUUAACAACAAUAGACUAAAAAGCUUUUCUCGAUUCGUGAAGUGCACCAAACCUCUAUUUAAAUGGUUUAAAAUUGUUCUACACUGAAUGCUGAAAGCCGUCGGCUAAUCUUAAUUCAAGUGAAUGCAAUUAGUGAAAAAUUAAAUUGUUUUCGAAUAUUUAAGGAACAGAUACGAAUCGUAGCGUUGUCCCGGCCACAAAAUGGAUCCCGACUGCUUUGCCAUGUCCUCGUACCAGUUUGUCAACUCGCUGGCCUCCUGCUAUCCGCAGCAGAUGAACCCGCAGCAGAGCCAUCCGGGCGCCAAUGGCAGCGGCGGCAACAGCGGCGCGGGCGGAGCGAACGGACAGGGCAACUCCGGCGCCGCGACGCCGGGCAGCAACGAUUACUUUCCAGCGGCGGCCGCGUACACGCCCAACUUGUAUCCAAACACACCGCAGGCGCACUAUGCGAACCAGGCGGCCUAUGGGCUGGGCGGCGGCGGCGGUGCGCCGGGCGGUGGACAGUCCAAUCCCGACAUGGUGGACUACACACAGCUGCAGCCGCAGCGCUUGCUGCUGCAGCAGCAGCAACAGCAACAGCAGCAGCAGCACGCUCAUGCGACGGCUGCCGCUGUGGCACAGCAACAACAGCAGCAGCAGCAGCAACAGUUGCCGCAGCAGCAACAACUCCCGCAACAACAGCAGCAGCAGCAGCAGGCGAGCAUCAGCUGUAAGUAUGCCAACGAUCCGUCGACGCCCGUUGGCAACAACAACAACAACAACAGCAGCGCCAACAGCAACAACAACAACCAAUCGCUGGCCAGCCCGCAGGAUCUCUCCACGCGCGACAUCUCGCCCAAGCUGUCGCCCAGCUCCGUGGUGGAGAGCGUAGCCCGUUCCCUCAACAAAGGCGUCCUCGGCGGCAGCCUGGCCGCCGCCGCCGCCGCCGUCAGUCUCAACAACAACCACAGCGGCGGCAGUGGCGGCGGCGGCGGCGGAGGAGGCGGCGGUGGCCCCGUCAACGUCAACGUGCCCAUGCACAGUCCGGGCGGCGACUCCGACUCGGAGAGCGACAGCGGCAACGAGGCGGGCAGCAGCCAGAACAGCGGCAACGGCAAGAAGAAUCCGCCACAGAUCUAUCCAUGGAUGAAGCGAGUACAUCUCGGGCAGAGUACUGUGAAUGCCAAUGGCGAGACGAAACGACAACGGACCUCAUACACCCGCUAUCAGACACUGGAACUUGAGAAGGAAUUCCACUUCAAUCGCUACCUGACGCGCCGGCGACGCAUUGAGAUCGCGCACGCGCUCUGCCUGACGGAGCGACAGAUCAAGAUCUGGUUCCAGAAUCGGCGCAUGAAGUGGAAGAAGGAGCACAAAAUGGCAUCGAUGAACAUUGUGCCAUACCACAUGGGCCCCUACGGCCAUCCCUAUCACCAGUUCGAUAUCCAUCCGUCACAGUUUGCGCAUCUGAGCGCAUAGGACGCGUGGCACUUUUCGGGUACUGGUUAGAGACUCAAUCAGUUGUAUCAGGAACCAUAUCAGGCGGCGGCAGCGGCCAGCGUGGCCGGCGGCUAUCAGUCCCAGGGCCCUCAGGAUCCGACCGCAUCGGCAUCGGUGCUGGGCAGCGUCAGCGUCGGCGCCAAUGCCAACGGCGGACCUGGCAGCACCAUUGGCACCGGCAACGGUCCCAACUCGCUGUUCAGCUCCGCCGCGGCGGUGGCCAAUGCCAGCAAUACCAAUGCCGACUGCAUUAAAUAUCCUCAAGAGUUCUGAUCUCAGGUUAUCAUCAGGCAGCAGCAGCAGCAGCAGCAGUCAGAGCAGUCACAGCAGCCACAGUCGCAAUCACUCGAUCCGCUGCUGGACUCGGACUGUGAGCCCGAUUCAGAUUUGGGUCUGGAGCUGGAGUACAAAGCGGACAUUGUUGGCUGUAAUUUGUUCUGCUGCUGAGCCGGUGCCUGCGCCAUUUGCCAUUUGCCACUGCCUCGCAUUCGCAUCCGCAUCCGCAAUCCGCAAUUCGCAUCCGCAAACCGCAAUCCGCCGCCGCUGUCGAUCGACCAACAUCAAAGACGAUGCUUCUUGUUUGCAACUGAUUCGUGUUAAGCUGAGAAAUGAGCCGUAGCUGGAGCGCGGCUCAUUUGGGUUUAUGAUACUGGAGGUGGAACUGUGCGCACUCGUCUAGUUCUCUCUAGACCUGCCUGCACACACAGACACACACACAUACAUACACACAAACACCCACACACACUCACACACACAGCUCGAGCCUUGGGCUUGAAGCUGGGGCAAGGAUCUGGAGUUAACUUUCGAUAGCUGCUGCCAUGAGACGUCCAGUAUGAUAAACUUCUUUCUCUAAGCAGUAUUCGAAAAGCAAUUAGUCAUAAGUCUAGCUUAAAUUAUAGCUCUAAGUCCACACAGAAGAACAAACUAACUAAAACAAAAACUAAAACGUAAAUAAGUUAAACAAAAACCAAUUUUAAACAAACGUAAUAUUUGCAAUAAUUUCAAAGUGAUUUCUACUAAAAUUAGUUUUCGUUUAAUGCCUAAUUCUAAUUCUAAAUCAUGUACUUAAAAGCUACCAGCACAUGGCAUAUACAUAUAUGUAUGUAUGUACAUAUGUCUGUGUCCUUUAUAAGGCUUCGUUCAGUUUGUAUAUAGCAGAGCGUCUCACUCUCAAUCGGCGCCUUAUUAUGUUUGUGUUUCAUUUUUAAAUAUAUAAAUUGUUUGGCUCGAGAGCUACCUAGAAACAGGAUAUAAGUUUUGCUUUGCUCGUUUUGUUUAUUUCUUAAUUCGAAAAUCAUUUCACAAUUUGGAGAACAAAUUCGGAGAUGAAACAGGGAAUUUGGCUAGCGGUCAAAAUGUGGCUCAAAUUCAAAUACUUAGCACAAUUUCUAUAGCAAAGCCCCAACCAGACGCUCUCUCAAUGUUAUCUUUUAUUCGAUUAUCGUAUCACUCUUAUGUCUGUAAAUCAAAAGAAUUAUAACAAGUCCUUAACAUAUUGUCUCCUAGCUUAAGUGUGCAUUACAACUUGAAACCUAAAUAAAGCAAUGCGCAAAUUGUUAAAACCUAAAAUAAUAAUACAAAUCAAUUUUAA